UAAUAUAGUUCAUUCGUUCUCUAGGCGCGAAAGAAGCAUAUCGCGGCGGGCGAUUUCCCAAUACCGCAGUUCCCGCCAAUAUAAAACCCUAAAAAGUCGAAUUUCCCAGAAGCAAUUUUUGCUUCAAAUAUCUAAUUAUUUCCCGAUUAAUCAUCAAUGGCCGAAGAGGAGAACACAGAAGUGAAGAUCCGACCCCAAUUUCCAACUGGACGGGUCAAAAGAAUCGUGAAACUGGAUAAAGACAUCAACAAGGUCAAUUCAGAGGCUCUAUUACUGGUUUCCCGAUCCACCGAGCUUUUUCUCCGAUUCCUCGCAGAGAAAUCAGCAGAAGUUGCUAUCGAGAGGAAGCGAAAGAUCGUGAAACUCGAUCACAUCCGAGUUGCCGUUAAGAGGCAUCAGCCAACCAGUGAUUUCCUUCUUGACUCGCUUCCUGCGCCAACUCAGUCCUCCGAUAAGCAGCCAGCUGAGAAGACUCAUCCUUCUCCCGUGCCCGAUAAACCUCUCCCCCCUGGCACUCGCCGGAUUGACGAUUUCUUUGCUAAGUCGGCAAAUGAAGCUCCGGUUCAGAUAAAUGAAAGCUAGAUGCUCUUCUUCUUUUUGUUAUCCUCAAAUUGUUUUGAUUUGUUUUAUAAUAUAACUAGUCUUAAUUAAUGUUUAAGUUUAUUUGAAGAUAUUUCUCCUGCGAACCUGCUUUGAAGCAUACAUGAGUUCAGUUACUAAGUUCACAACUUCACAUUGCUUGUACAUAUGCUACGCGGUGGACUUGGUUCAUAUGAGAAUUUCUCAGCAUUUGUAACUUGGAGAGUUGUUUAUUGUUAUGCAAUGUAUCAAAAUCCUUUACAUUCAAA